GUGUUUAUGUUCAGUCGUGUUGUGGACGGGGAGCGAGUAGAACGUCGUGUCCCUCUGUGGUGCAGUGCGAACUCCCGUGCUCUUGAUCUGAAGGUGUAGAGUCAAAUAUGUGUUUCCUUGACGUUUAGUGCUUCGCCCACAAUAUGCAAAACCCGAGCCAUAACAACGUUGACGACAAAUUUGGGAUGAAUUUCGGCGGUUUUGAUCCCGAGCUCUUUUCCGGGCCUCACAUGGGAGGUCCCAUGGGUGGGAUGGGCAUCGGCAUGAAGAGGUCUGCCCACGACGCAGGGCUGGACCGCGAGCCCCUAGGGUUGUCCUCAGACGACGACUCAGACCUCCUCAAGAAGGACGACAAGAUGCACCCCUCGUCGAGCAACAGGGACGCGGUGCUGUCCCACCAGACCAACUUAGAGUCCCAGAGCCAGCCCAGCAAGCCCAGUCUGCUCCCCAACGGCAAAAAGACCAAAGGCCGCGUCAAAAUCAAGAUGGAAUUUAUCGACAACAAAUUGAGGAGAUACACCACGUUCUCCAAGAGGAAAACCGGCAUCAUGAAGAAGG